AUGUCCAUUUUAACCAAAAUCAUUAGAACAACCUUCUGUUUUGAACACAGAGUAAAUCAUUGUUUAACCCAUAAUAAAAGAAAAAAAUAAUAAAAUGCAAGCAAAUAAAAUUUCUAAUUAAAAAAUCUGGUUAUAUGUUUUGAAUGUUAUGUGGAGAUUCCAGAAAAUUAGAUAAUAUUGCCUUGUUGUAAUUAAAUUGUUCAUAAAAAAUUCAUUUAACAAGAGAUGAUAUCAACAGAAAAUUUGAAGUGUUAUUUUUGUCAGAUACUUUAUGAUAUGAAUUUUUUAAAACAAAUAUUGGUAUAGAAAUUUUCCAAAAAAAAUUAGAAAAUAAGUAUUACUUAAAUGCUUUUGAUACAUGUUUUAAUUGCCAAGCUAAAAUUUAAGUUUUACCAGAAUAAAAGAAAAAAAUUUACAUAUUAAAAUGUAGCAAUCGUAAAACAACCAUUUGUUCUAGAUGUAGGAAAGCUUCUCAUAAAGAAUAAACAAUAGGAAUAUUAUAAAAUAUUUAAAGUUUUAAGAGAUAAGAUAAGAAAUUAUUUAAUUCUUGUAAGGAUAAUCAAUUAUAAUUUGCCCAUUUUGUGAUUUAAUUCAAACUAAGGAUGAUGGAUGUAAUCAUGUAACUUGUCAUCAUUGUAAAUAUGAUCUUUGUUCUGAAUGUUCAGUAGAUAGAAGACCUAUUUUAUAACAUGGAAACCAUUUUCAUCGAAAAGGAUGCAUUGAUUAUAGUAGAUUAGUAGGAAAAAAAAAUAUGACUAAAGAAAAAUUAAGAAAUUGUCAAUAAUGUAAAAAAGUGAAGAUGGCUAUUGUCAUAUUCCUAAGGAUCUUGAGACUUAUAAAAAAGAAAAAGGAUACUGAAUUUAAUAUUUCCUAUUCACAAUUUUAUUUGCUUUAUAUACUAAAUGGCAUUGAUUUUAUCUAUUAAGUUGAUAUUGAUAUAUUAAAAAAAAAAUUUUUAAUAAUGAAAAAUGUUAUAAAAAUAGAAAUGAAAUAAUACUUUAAAAAUCAUAUUGCUUUCAAAUAUUAAAAAAGUUUAAUAGAUUAAUUUUAAAGUACUUGGUACAUAAAUUUUUUUAUAUUUAUUGAAAAUUCAAAUUCUAUUAAAAACUUAAAAAAUUAAUAUAUUAAUAUUAAAAAAAAUGUAAGUCUAAGUACUUGUUGGAAAUUAAACGUAUUAAAUUCAUUGCGAAGGCAAUUAGCUAGGCCAAUUUAUUUAUGA